GAUAUAAAAAACGGGCAGGAUAUUUUGCGACGAACUUUUUGCGGUAAGUUUAACGUAACUCGUUCUUUUUUAUGAAGUUGAGAUCGUGUAGUUCCCAGACGUCGGAGCGAGAUGAUAAGACGAUAAUCGGAUUCACCUUGCGGCCUAUAAUGUUGAACUACUACAACUUGUGUUUUCUAGGUACAGAUGAAGUGAUGUGAGUCCUAAAUUUUUCUUCUCAAGAAAAAAAGAUUUAAAAAUAUGUUUGAAGACAUGUUGAAAAAUACCUUUCUGUUUUAGAUUUUAAUGGAAAUUGUUUUGUUUUUUAAAAAAAAACUGAACGUGUUGGUACAAAAACAGCCGCUGUGCCUUAAUUUAGUGACCAGUAGAGGGCAGCGGAGAGCCACAGGGUUGUGCAAGACAGCCGUGUCACGUGCUUUGGGCCUUAAGCACAAGCCGUGAGUGUGCAAUUCUGUAUUAGCUCUCUCCUCUUUAGCUCGUUCUUCCUUUGGAACUACCAAAGCUGUCGCUAAGCUAACUCCAGGUUUGUGAAAAUCAGGAAAUAUUUAAAUCAUGGCCACGAAUCCUGACCCGCAACAAUUUCAAGCCUGUCUGACUCCUGAGGGUGUCCUGAGAGAUAUCCAGAUCAAUCUGCUGGAGUGUAAAGUCUGCUUCGAGAAGUUCUGCACUCAGCAGAGGGGACGCAGACCUCAGAACCUUUCCUGUGGCCAUGUUCUGUGUCUGGAAUGCAUCAAGACUUUGUCCCACCCUCUUCUGAAGAUGCUGGAGUGCCCCUUCUGUAGACAGCUGUGCAGUGCUGACAGCACCUCCCACUGCCAGGCUCUCUGCGACCUCCAGGAGCUGCUCCUGUCAUGGAGACCCGAGUCCUCUGCUCAUCCUCACAAAGCAAAACAAAGUGUUUCAUUGGCUGCAGGAAUAAACUCCACAGGUCUUAGCUUCUCUGCAGCUUUCGGCAGUUGGGGGACUCUCAUCAACCCUACUGGAAUAGCAAUCCUAGGGUCAGCAGGUACAAUAUUCGUGGUUCACGGUGGAGAGAAAAGGGUGUUGGUGUUCAACACUCGGGGCAGAGAGCUGAACAGUUUUGGACCGAGCGGUAAAAGCAGUGAAGAAGUGUGUUAUCCUGUAGACGUAGCGGUGACGCUCAGUGGUUACGUGGUGGUGACUGAUGCAGGGGAUAAAUCUGUGAAGAUCUUUACCUACAGAGGGAAGCACGUGUUGACGGUGAAGGAAUCCUUCCAAAUGCCCUGGGGCGUGGACACGGAUUGCUCUGAACACAUACUAGUCUCGGACACCUUGGCAGGAACUCUGUCUCAUGUCAGGGUGGACGUAGGCCUUGGUGUUGUCGUGGACCAUCGUGUACCAGUGUCUGAGCUGCAGCAUCCAAAAGCAGUGGCCUGCUGUCAGGCGUCAGGGAACAUGGCAGUGAUUGAACACUGCAGUGAUGAUGACCAUCAGCCCGUCACACACCAUCACCACCACCACCACCACACCAGGCUGAAGGUGUUCUCCAAAGACUUCCAUCUACUUUAUGAGACAGACAGUUUCAGACUGACCAUGCAGUCCACGCUGAGGUUGAGGAUGUCCAGUGUGGUCUUUGACGGUGGAGAUCUGCUAGUGGCCGACUCCACAGAAGGGAUGAUCUGGAGUUUGAGGAGGCUACAGGACGAUCUGCUCCUGACUCCUCUGGUAGGAGACCGCCUCACACGUCCAGUUGGACUGGUGUCCUUCAAUGACACACUCCUCGUUCUGGACGCUGGAGACCAUACAGUGAAGAUUUACUGUCCUGAGUCUGAUGUUGGAUCCAAGCAUCCAUCUUUUAAAAGCUCCUAAAAAUAAAUGUGACAAGUUUGAAGAUUAAUAAUCUUGUCUUUGUGGUG